CAGUAUCAAAAUAUCAAUCCUGACCCUGCUCUGCUCACCCACCUUUUGUUCUUUCUUUUGAGUAUUUCUUCUAUUCUACUCUUUUGCUUCCCCUGCCACCACCAUCUUUUUUCCUCUGUUUUUCAUUUCUUCUUCAAAAUCUCAACUUGCCCAUCUCAUGAUUUGAAGCUCUCUACAACACCCAACUCAAGAUUUCUCAUCUCAUAUAGGAGCUUCAGUAGAGAUUUGAAUUUGAUAAAUGGGAUCUGGAGAUUGGCUAAAGAAAAUUGUCGGACUAAAGAAAUUGAAGAACGGAAAACCAAAAUAUCUUAAGGGAUCUUCAGUGCCUCAAUAUACCAACAGGUCAAACAAAAAUGACCAAUUUCAGUUUAAGUCCACUAAUUCUCAUCAUGUCCCUGACGGGGAUGCUGGGAUUUCAGUUGAGGAUCUUGCAGCUACACGAAUUCAAAGUGCAUUUCGAGCAUACAGUGCAAGAAAAACUCGACGCCAGUUAAAAGGGACUGUCAAAAUACGGGCAGUGACUCUAGGUUCUUCUUCCAGAAAGCAAGCUUCGGUAACACUGAAAUACCUUCACACAUGGAGCAGAUUACAAACUGAAAUCAGAACUCGCAGAAACAGUAUGGCAGUAGAAGCCCGAAUCAGACAAAGGAAGCUAGAGAAUCAAUUAAAACUUGAAACAAAGCUUCAUGACCUUGAGGUGGAAUGGAGCAAUGGUCCUCAAACAAUGGAGGAAGUUCUUGCAAGGAUUCAUCUCCGUGAAGAAGCAGCAGUGAAGCGUGAGAGAGCUAUGGCAUAUGCAUUUUCUCAUCAGUGGAGAGCCACCUCAAACCCCGCUCUAGGUAGUUAUGAACUUGGCAAAGCUAUCUGGGGCUGGAGUUGGAUGGAACGUUGGGUGGCUGCUCGGCCAUGGGAAAGCCGAGCCCUCGUGCAAUCAAGUCCAAAGAAACCAAGUCCAAAGAAAGCAUUGAAUAAGCAAGCAAGCAAGACUGCAAAAAUUUUGAAAUCCCCAACAAUGAAACCAAUCAAUUCAGUCAAGUCCAUUUCACCAAACGGGACAGUAACUACAAAGCCCCGAAAGCUGUCUUAUGGGGCAGCUGACCAACAGGCGAACACUGCAAAAGUAUCAACAACAUCUUAGUAGAAAGGAAGAAAGAUGAUUCUAUAUGGACUAAAGAGCAUAAAUAGAAGGAACAGAUGAUCCUAUUCCAAAGAGCAAGAAUUAAUUCUUUUCCGUCGUGUGAGGAUGAUGCAGUGUGCAGGUUCAUUUUCAAGCAUUUGUAUAUUUUGGAGAAAAUUUAAUAAUUAUUGUUUUGCAAUGUAUAUAGCCAAAGCAUAUCUUUUGGGAAUGGUGUGUCGAGUGUAUAUAUUUUUCUUUGAAUUUUCUGGAUCCUAUUUAAAAUUUCCCAUAUUCUUCUUGUUGACCAA